GAUAUUUAAUUAUCCUUGUAUCCAUCUUAAUUAAAAAGAAAUACUGGUAAUAAGAGAGGAAUUGUUGUGCGAUUCUACAAAUGGCGAGACUAUCUUCACCAAAUUUCUUAUUCCUUGUCGUCAUCCUCUUGGUUUCUUAUAAUCAGACAAGGGUAUUAGUUCACAGCGAGGCGAAACAUUUAUGUGACAAAACGGAGAACGGUGGGUGCUCCAUUAGCAGGCCGGGCACGGAAUGCGAAGCGGAUUGCAAGAGGAAAGGCUUCGACACUUAUCAGUGCACAUUUCCCAUUCAAUUCAUUAGUCCCGGGUGGACGUGCUGGUGCCAUAGAUGGUGUGAUGAUCAAAACGACCAUCACCACAACAAAGACUACAACACCGUGAUGAACCAGCAGCCGGCACAUCUCCACAUAUCACAAGUAGGCGGAGGGGGAGGAGCUAAUUGCGGCGACCUCUAAAUGAUCAAAUUGAAUGCGUAGUAUGUUAUACGUAAGUACGUGCAUGUGCAUGCAUGUUGUCCUAUGUAUCCUCGUCCUCGUCGCCAUAUAUUGAAUAAUAAUAAUAAUAAUAAUAAUAAUAAUAAUAAUAAUAAAUCAGUCGAUGUAUGUAUAUAUAUGGAACAAUAAAAGGAAAUGAUGGGCUACAUGUGUGUAUAUAUAUCUCUCUAUUUUCAAUAUGUAACGUAGAGACGUACACAUGCAUGAGGUGCAUGAAUUAACUAGAUUGAGUUAUAUGUCAUGUUUGGUUGUCGGUUAGUUUGGCAUUGUC